UAGUGGGCAUGUGGAACAGUUGGAAAAUCACACUACAGUAGAUGUAAAGUCAACUUUAUGAAUGUUCUUUUAUAUAAACGUAGGCAAUCCUAAACAAAUUAUGUGACAGAUGUAAACUGAUUUUUCUAUGUAUUAAAUUAAUUUGAUUUUCUCCUGCGAUUUACAUUCAUUCACCUGCUGUGUCGUCCGUUGCAUCUAGGAUCUACACAGAGUGCCACGGAGAGACCACGCAAUGGCCCUGAGUCGGCUGGGUGUUCUGCGUCCAGCCUUGUACCGCUCCCUGAUCACCGCGGGGAGGUUUUCCAUGCCUGAAUGUGCCAGUCUCCCCUCCGUCCUCAAGAAUGGCCACGCUCAGGACAUGCUGCACCCCAUCUCACCCCACACAUUCCCUCUCACCCGUCACUAUGCCAGCAAGAAGAGUAAAGCCAAAGGGAAAGGCCCGCAGGCCAAACUGAAGAUCAACGCUGAGCUGGUGGAGGACAUCAUCAACCUACAGGAGGUGAAAGAGGACAUGGAAGCGGUGCUCUCGAGCCUCAAGGAGGACUACAGCCGCAACCUGAAUAUCCGCACUUCCCCGGGAGCUCUGGACCACAUCAUGGUGAGCACCAAGAAUGGCAAGGUCCCCCUCAAGCAGCUGGGCCAGAUCUCCAUGAAGUCUCCACACCUCAUUGUGAUCAACAUGACUGGCUUUCCGGAGGUCACAGCAGCAGCGGUCCGCGCCCUGAGAGAGAGCAGCAUGAGGCUCAACCCGGAGGUGGACGGCUCCAUUGUGAGGGUGCCCAUUCCUGCGGUGACCCGUGAGCACAGGGAGAACCUGGCCAGACUUGCCAAGGAGUUCAGCCAUAAGGCCAAAGAGUCCCUGAGGAGGGUACGAUCUGAUGCCAUCAACCAACUGAAGAAGUCUAAAGACAGUGUUUCCGAAGACACGAUCCGCUUGAUAGAGCAACAGGUGCAGCAAAUGACGGACAGCUAUGCCACUGACAUAGAGCGACAGCUCGCUGCGAAAACCAAGGAGUUGCUGGGAUGAGAGUUCUCGUAGGGAUUGACCCUGUUCAGGAUACCUCCUUCUCAGCCGUUUCAAUGCGAUGAGAUGUUUUGCGUGGCUGGAGAUACGUGAACAUGUAACCUUUUGAAAAUAAACGAAUAAAAGAGAGGCCGACGCCCGUUGAUAAA